GCUCGUCACUCAUCACAUGACCCGCGCCACAGUAGUCCGGUAGGCCAUAUUUGACAGUGGCCCACUAGUUUAGCGACGUGAGUGACGUGAGGAUCGCUCAGCGUUCGACGUUCCGUGCGACGAUCGAGCAACCUGUAAAUACACAUCCCGCGAUCGACUCAAUCGCUGCCGACACCCGACAGAUUCAGCCACAAUGAGUUCGGAAGAGGGAGCACCGAUAUACUCGCCGUUUUUCGGCGUUAUGGGCGCCGCCUGUGCCAUCAUAUUUUCUGCUCUGGGAGCAGCAUAUGGCACGGCGAAAGCUGGUACAGGAAUCGCAGCGAUGUCCGUCAUGAGGCCAGAAUUAAUCAUGAAAUCCAUCAUUCCUGUUGUCAUGGCAGGUAUCAUUGCCAUUUACGGUCUUGUAGUGGCCGUUCUCAUUUCUGGCUCUCUUGAGAAAGCCCCUGGUUAUGACCUGUAUACGGGUUUCACCCAUUUGGGUGCUGGUUUAGCUGUAGGCUUCUCCGGUCUAGCAGCCGGUUUCGCUAUCGGUAUCGUCGGUGAUGCCGGUGUAAGAGGUACCGCUCAGCAACCACGUCUCUUCGUCGGUAUGAUCUUGAUCCUGAUUUUCGCCGAGGUAUUGGGUCUCUACGGUCUCAUCGUCGCCAUCUACUUGUACACCAAGUAAACGGUCAGUAGCGGCAUACUACUACCUGCCACGGCUCCAUGCAAGACAUGUCGCCUGCAACCAACAGCGCUCCCCGACUACUAUUAUAUUACAAAACUUGUUUCAACAUUUUACUUAAUCACGUUACUCCAUGCAUACCUAUCUAACUUACCAUCUCGGCUCAUCUCUGCGCGGCCCCCUUCCCCCUCUGUAAUAUCGUACUAAAAAGAAAUCGAUCUACAUGUAUUUAGCGUCCGAGCAUUUAACCACAUCACGCAUUGUUCAUCAUACACCAUCACAUAAUUAUAUCAAAGGUGCUGCGAUUGAGAGAUGCGCUCGAUUUUUUCCCAUGUCGCGAGAUUGACGCGCGACGGCGCAUUUCGACGCUGCGAAUACAUGAAGAAAAAAAUGUAUAGCACAUAAGAAAAAGAAAUGGAGAAUAACAGUCGAUAGGGGAAGUACGUGUGCAUCUUGUAGAGAGAUCUAUCGUGUUAAACCCAUUGUCGAACAUUUCUCUUUCACUGUAUAGUAAUCAUUUGUAGCUUAGUACAACAUUGAAUUAUCAAGUUAAAGUAAUCGGCUCUACUGAGUGUAUAAAGGAAAACAUGUUAUUGAUAAAAGAAAAUAUUUAGCACAAUUAUAUAUAUAUAAAUAUAUAUAUUAAAUGCAACCGCGAAACGGCAGGUACGCGAGUAGGCAUUACGCGAGGAAGCGAAAAAAAACUUUAAAGAGACGAAAUUAUAUCAUCGGGAUAGAAAUAUGUAAGUGUAAGCGACACGCGAAUCGCGCGUGGUAAAACGGCGUAAUAUAACAAAGCGCGAGCGAAAGAGAGAGAGAGAGAGAGAGAGAGAAAGAGAGAAAAUGAGAUUUUGCGGAUAAGAUCUGGCGCAGAUAACGAUUGUGCUGAUGAGAAAUUAAUAGACGAAGAAUAUGGAUGAAACUUUAGUAAAAAAAAAAGAAAAAAAAGAGAAGUAUGAAUGCGAGUAGUUGAUCAACAGGAGGUACACACGAAUAGUAUUAAGUCAAUUGAGAGGCUGCUGGACGCGGCGGGAUUUCACAUUUUCACAGUUAUUCAUGGACAACGAUACGUGAGAAAAACAAAAAAAAAAGAUCCGUCUAACCGAGUUGUCAAAGCCGCAAAGGCCAGCGGUCGACAACCGAUUAGCCGAGCAAUUUUAUUCGGUCCCAUAAUAAUUAAUUCCACGGAGAUCAACCGUGUCGUGUGUCAAUGGAGUAACGGGUAUGUGAAGCUUGUGUAAAACUAACAAAACACACCGUAUGUACCA